GCAGUUUCGACGGAAAAAGUGAAAUUCCUAUGUCGUGCGGACAACGUUAAAGUGUACGAAACACCGUUCCACGCGGGACACAUAGCCAUAGCCGGAUAUGGCUCGUUAGUGAUUGGCAAGGGCGAAUAUUUGGUAUACUAGCGGGGCGGGAAGGGGCACCCCAUCCCACUGAUUGUGUCGUGUUCCAGCUGCGACAACAAAGGGGUUGUAACAACAACAACAAGGACAACAACAGGAGCAGCAUGAAUACCGCGACCAUGCCGAACCACGACUUCAUGGAGCUACAUCCGGUCCAUCAACAUCCGGCCGGAUGCAAGCAGCACUGUUUCGUGUUUACCGAGAUCGCGGACAUCGAGCUACCGCCCGAAAUCACCAAGUACCCGGAGAAGAUUAAGAACGGCAGCAUUCACUCGUACACUAAGGACAGCAUCUCGCCUCCACCGCCGAAGCUGGGCAAGGAGCGUCGGAAUCGCAAGAUAAUUGCUCUCGUCUCGGGGCUGCUGGUGUGCGUGGCACUGGCCGCUGGUAUUCCGCUCGGUUUGCAGCUACGCUCGUCCUCCCUGCUGGAGGCCCGGUUGGCAUUCAUCCGGCGGCUGCUCGUCGAGUCACCGCUUGUCGAGGGCUACUGGGCACCACCGAUGGGGGCCAACUUUAGCAAAAGCUUCGCGGAAGUAAAAAGCGGUAUGGUGGGGGCACUACUGUGGCCCAUAGCGGUCCCAUGUGCCGCCCAGUACCUGGACGCGGUGCAGCUGACCCUCGAGGGUCUGGACGAUGCACGCCGUCUGGUCAGUAAGAACGGGGACAUGGCGGUCGUCGAGAAUGCGGACGAAAUGGAACAGGCGCAUACGGAGGGUAAGCUGGCGAUACUGUUCGGGCUCGAGGGUGGCCAUACGCUCGGUUCCAGUUUGGCCGUACUACGAUCGAUGUAUUCGCUCGGUGCGCGCUUUGUUUCGCUCACCGGUGUCGGCUGCACGACCCCGUGGGCCAGUGCCUCGAUUCGGAACGAUUUCUUCGACGAAAACCUUCCCUCCACGUUGACCAACUUUGGCGAGAUCGUUAUCCAGGAGAUGAACCGGUUGGGCAUGCUGGUCGAGAUUUCGCGCCUUUCCGAACCCGCCAUGAUGGUUGCACUGAAUGUGGCCAAAGCGCCGCUGCUGCUCUCGAACGCACUGCCCUCAUCGAUGGCAUGCAACGGUACGACGGCCGCCGUACCGGACCACAUCCUGAGUGCCCUCUCGCAGAAUGGUGGCGUGCUGAUGCUGAACGUGGAACGGUGCGGUGAUAAGCCGAUGUCACUGAAGGAUGCAAUCACGGCCAUCAACUACAUCCGUGCGAUUGCUGGCGUCGACCACGUGGGGCUGAGCGGAUCGCCCAAGAAUUAUCCCCUUCUGCUCGCCGAACUAGCCCGUGACCGAUUGUGGGGCUCGGUCGCCAUCAAGAAGCUGGUUGGUGGGAACAUCGUGCGGGUACUGCGGGAAGUCGAAACGAACCGGAACCGAUUACCACUGUCCGAGGACUGGAUACCGCUGGAAGCCAUCGAAGGCAAUGCCUACUGUCGGUAUCCGGAAACAUAAGCCGACAGCGGUUCGGUGGAGAUGGCGGCGGUCACUUUACUUUCUACUGCCGUGUAUCUUUGGCAUUGAACAUGCGGGGGGAAACCAAAGUACGAGUAUUACAAGUAUUAUUAUUAUUAUCUUCCACGUAGACACAGAAUUAGGCAAACAUACAUUCACACGGACAUCGACACACACACAUAUACACACCCUCUUACAAACAGCUGGACAAAAGGAAGGGGGAGACCACUUGGCGACAGGACGGUGGAAGGCUACAAAUAGGAGCAGAAGUAAGAUAAGUAGAAAGCUAUAGUAGUACAUGAAAUCAGCGAGCAGCCGAUCAUUCGAGGAUUGGGCCAUUCCUAUCGGCCCCGUUGUAGUUAAUGUGUUAAUAGUGCAAAAUAGUAAGAAAAUCGAAGCGAAGACAAACCCUUAUCGCAUAUCAACUUGAUUCACCCUUGAGCAGCGAAUCCGAUCGUCUGGAACUCUCCUAGGGCCUAGGGGUUCCAGAGCUAUUUACUUAUUUUCUUGGCGUAAUAUUGUUGUCCAGCGUUACUGUCACGCUAUCACCAAAACGGAACCUGCAGACGGUUCACGUGGAAAGCGCGGGUGGUGACUUGUGUUAGAUGAAAGCGCCUAUGCGGAGGACGAAACAUGCGAGCAAGAGUCACGGCAUGCCACGAAUUCCGUGUAUCCGUGAGAUAGGAGGGAUUGAGGUCGGCGCUACGAUUCAGGGAUAGUGAUCGGAUCUGGUUCCGAUGGUAUGUUGUAGUCAUAGGGCCCGACAUUCCCAGAGUUUAGCCUUUUGUUAGUCUACUUGAUUCCAGGGUCUUGUUUGUCAUGAAAUACGAAAAGUACAGAUUAGCUUCGUCCUAUCUUUUCAUUUUCAUCACAGUCACCAUUGAUAGUAAACGUAUUAGCGUCUUGGUGGUAUUCGUCCUAAUGUUGGUAGUAUUCAUGAAGGUUUUUAGUUUGACAAUACCGACCACUACCAGACAGCUACGUCAUGCCAAACACUACUUUUUACCGAUUUCUGCACGGAACAAGACUCUGGGAAUAGGGUUCAUGGAUUGGUGACGGAAGUCGAACCAC